AUGACAUAUUCAACUGGUUCUAAACCAUACUCUGUGGCUGUUGGUGAUUUUAACAACGACAUGCAUCUGGAUAUCGUCGUCGCUAAUUUUGGUAACAACACUGUAAGUAUCCUUCUCGGAUAUGGUGAUGGCUCUUUUGCGAAUCAAACGAAAUAUUCAACUGGCUCUGGACCAAGUUCUGUAGCUAUUGAUGAUUUUAAUAAUGACAACCGACUGGAUAUCGUCGUCACUAAUGGGAAUGACAACACUAUGAGUGUCCUUCUUGGAUAUGGCAAUGGUGUUUUUGCAAAUCAAAUGACCUAUUCAACUGGCUAUACUCCUUCAUCUGUAGCCGUCGGCGAUUUUAAUCGUGACACCCGAUUGGAUACCGUCGUCACUAAUCUGAAUGGAGACAGUGUCAGUGUAUAUCUGGGAUAUCCUAAUGAAGGUUUUCUUAAGCAAAUGAGACUCAUAACUGGCAAUAGAUCUCGCCCUAAGUCAUUCGCCAUUGGAGAUUUUAACAAUGACAAUGAAAUGGAUAUAGCAGUGGCGAAUUCAGGCAAUAACAAUAUUGGCGUUUUUCUGAGAUACGACAAUGGUUCUUUCAGAAAUCAAAUAGCAUAUUCAACUGAUACUUCUCCGUGGUCGGUAGCUGUUGGUGAUUUCAACAACGAUACCAUACUUGAUAUUGUCGUCGCGAAUCUUGGCAGUGACACUGUUGGUAUCUUUCUCGGAUGGGGUAAUGGCUCAUUUUCAAACCAGAAAACGUUUACGACCGGUUUAAACUCUCAACCAAACGCAGUUGCUGUUGGAGAUCUCAACAAUGACACCUGGGUAGACAUUAUUGUUGCUAAUUAUGGCACAAACAACAUAGGUGUGAUGCUUGGUUAUGGGAAUGGCUCCUUCACAAGUGUAAAGCUUUUUUCAACCGAUUAUGGAUCUCUUCCAUUCUCAAUUUCUGUUAAUGAUUUAGACAAUGAUGGAAAAUUGGAUUUCGUCAUCGCCAACGAAGGUGCUGACAAUUUAAACAUUUUUUUACAGACCUGUUAA